GCGGGGCCGAUCGCGAGUCUGUCCAGACCCGCCAAGGUGGAGGCCCGCACCAGCCCGCACAUGGCCCGGCACGUGUUCCUUACCGGGCCGCCAGGGGUUGGCAAAACAACCUUGAUCCAGAAAGCCAGCCAGGCUCUACAGUCCUCUGGGGUACCCGUGGACGGAUUUUACACAGAAGAGGUCAGGCAGGGCGGCAGGAGGGUGGGAUUCGACGUCGUCACCUUGUCUGGAGCUCGAGGGCCCCUGUCUCGAGUGGGGCCAGAGCCCCUGCUGGGAAAGCACGGGUGCCGCGUGGGGCCCUACGUGGUGGACCUGGCCUCCUUCGAGCAGUUGGUGCUUCCCGUCCUGAGGAAUGUAGGUUCUGGCAGAGGCCCGGGGCAGAGAGUGUGCAUCAUUGAUGAGAUUGGGAAGAUGGAGCUCUUCAGCCAGUCCUUCAUCCAAGCUGUCCGCCAGAUGCUGUGUGCACCUGGGACUGUGGUUCUGGGCACCAUCCCUGUCCCCAAAGGGAGGCCGCUGGCACUGGUGGAGGAGAUCAGGAGUCGACGGGACGUGACAGUGCUCACCGUCACCAAGGAGAACAGAAACCAGCUUUUGCCUGAGAUCGUCUCCCGUGUACAGAACAUCAGGGAGUGAAGCCCUCAGCUGUCUAGUCCAGCACCGCCUGCCUGCUGGGCUCAGCCUCCAGGCUCGGAGACCUUGGGACUUUGCUUGAGCAGCUGGGCAGCUUUCCCUGAGAUGUUCAAGACUGAACUUGCCUGGUAUUGGGUGGCUUGCGUGACAGGCCGUCUCCAUGGUUUGUUUAUGUGUAAGGAUUUCUGUGUAUUUCCUCUUGCACUCAUGCAUGUGAUUGGGACAGAUUAUGGAAUUAUGGGGGGAGAGGCUGGAGUCUUUGGUAGAGGCCCCCCUCCCCUGCCUUCAUAAGCACGUUGAUGGGGAGAGGAAUUCACUUCCUGAUUAGCUUCCCGUGUCGUGAAAGCCGACCACCUCUCCAGGUGUUUCAGUCUCAGCAGCUUGAGCAACGCUUGAUAUUCCUAUUUUCUCUGAAGAAAGCCAUUUCCGCUUCUCUCA